AUGCAACCUGGGCUUUAUAGCGCCGCCUCCUCUCUUGAAUUUGGACUGCUGCUCUUGACUUCUUUGCCGUUCAUUCCUUUCUGUUCCUCCACUCCAGCCGGCCGUCCCUGGCCCAUCGACACUGAGUUGACCGUAUACUCCAACUAUCACGACCCAGCGCCGGCGCCUGAGGACGGUCCCCCCUUAUCGGCUGGUGCCCUUCGAGACACAUCCUAUCUCCCAGCCCAGAUCGGUGGCAUAGUCGGCUCCUACGCCUUCUCGCUCGUUGUAGUUGCUGCUCUUCUACUUCUGCUCGCAAAGAAACGUCGCCAACAUCUCACAGCUGGAGAAGAGGACAUAGAUCCUGCUGAGGAGUUUGCCUAUCAGUUCGCGUACGCAGCAGGUUUACAUCCUGACGAAGAUCCCCAGUAUCCUUACGCUCCCCAGUCACCCAGUUCACCUAUCAAGAACUUCUCUUACCCAGUCCCUACCAGCCCUACGAAGGAGAAGGAUCCCAGUCCCUACAUAUAUCCUUCAUUUCACUCCACAAGCACCCUUGGUGUCAAUCCCUUAGUCGACCCGAGAGUGGUCAAGGCAGAUCGCGAAAUGGCACAACAACAGCUCGAGGAGAUGUACAAGCAUGUGAUGGAGCAGGAAGCCGCAAAGGAAGCCGGUGUGGUAUUGGAACAGCCCCCGGCGCCAGUGUUGAGACAGCCCUCGUCGGAUGCUGUGCCAAAGGGGAGCAUCUUGAAGAAGGGCAAGAACAAGCCUGCAAACCUGGACCUCACGCAAAGCGAGCCAGAGAAGCAGUCGCGGACGUCUUCAUUCUUCUCGGCUCUCAAAUCCCCUCGCACCAAGAAGAAUGUGAAGGGCAUCAGCAUCUCGUCGCCCAUUAUGACUCCCAUGUCCGGUACAUUUCCGCGCCAGGAUGGAGAGGAGAUGAACACAAUCCCUCCUCGUCAUUACGCGCCGGCCUCUCCGCCUCCUAUUCCUGGUGACCAUUUUUCAUAUGCACGCAGUAACCGACAGAUGGGACCAACAGCUCCCCUGACACCACCAGAUGUGUCACCUGAGAGCACGCAAAGCAUUGAUGAGCGGAUCGGUGGUCAGCUAGGUCAUUCACGAUCCGACUCUCAGGCACCUACGGAGUACGAUCCCGUCUCCGCCACUUCAGAAAGAUCCACGGCACCCCUCGUGGGCUUGCCUUCAUCUCCGAAGCCUGGCGUCAACCGCUUCUCGUCGUUUCCGGCGUCACCAAAGCCCGGGGCCACAUUCCCAACGUCUCCCAGAGGAGACACAUUCCCCGCCUCUCCUCGAGGAGCCACAUUCCCGAUAUCACCCAAGCCCGGGGCAUCCUUCUCACGGCCAAACGCACCGUCGGCCAUCCGCACGGGUGGUGCGCUUCCCCUCCGCGCCUACGAGCCGGCCAUGGCGUCGCCCUCCGUGCAGACCACCAAGCAAACGACGUUUGAACGCGCACCCCUCUCCCCGUCGGGACUCCGCACACCGUGGACUGGAGCGCCGGUGCCGUACACGCCGUACCAGCCCUUCUCGCCAGUGAUGCCCGUCACACCGUCGCUGAUCACCAAAGCGGACCGCAAGCGGAUGAAGCAGAUGCACCCCAAGACGCCGACUAUGCAGAUGGUGCAGAGCUCGGACGACAUAUGGUAG